GAGAUUAUGAUCCAAAAGUGCACCAACCAGGUCCACUCAAACCUAUGGCUCCUAUUCGACCAAUUAACCACUCCCCAUUCCUAGUAGUUGGUGCACCCAUGCACGCACCACACAAUUAAUAACCCAAAAAAACCAAAAUAAUAAAAAAAAAACUUUGCAAUUUCGUAGGAGAUGCUCAGGAGCAGCACGCUAACACAGAGUGUUACAGUCACCUGUGUUCAUCACAGUCACAGACAAUGGUUCCAAUCAAUUCCCGUAAAUUAUAGAUUCUGUGACGCUGCUCGGAACUCUCUAUCAUCCUACUCCGCCAUCUUCAAGUGGAAAAGAACGGCUAAUUAUAAUCGUAACCGUUCUGGAAUGGGAACCUUCACCACGCGCGCGUUGGCGCAGCCGCUCCAGAACGCCGACGAACUCAUCGAUUCCGUCGAGACAUUUAUUUUCGAUUGUGACGGAGUUAUAUGGAAAGGUGACAAAUUAAUAGAAGGGGUGCCUGAAACGCUUGACAUGCUUCGGUCAAAGGGCAAAAGAUUAGUUUUUGUCACCAAUAACUCAACAAAGUCUAGGAAGCAAUAUGGAAAGAAGUUUGAAACACUUGGCCUGAAUGUCAGCGAGGAGGAGAUUUUUGCAUCAUCCUUUGCAGCUGCUGCAUAUCUGAAGUCCAUUGAUUUCCCAAAAGAUAAAAAGGUUUAUGUCAUUGGAGAAGAUGGUAUCUUGAAGGAGCUUGAGCUUGCUGGAUAUCAGUACCUUGGUGGGCCGGAAGAUGGUGGGAAAAAGAUAGAACUGAAGCCAGGAUUUUUGAUGGAGCAUGAUGAAGAUGUUGGAGCAGUUGUUGUUGGAUUUGAUCGCCACUUCAACUACUAUAAAAUCCAGUAUGGGACACUCUGUAUACGUGAAAACCCUGGAUGUCUUUUCAUUGCUACAAACCGAGAUGCUGUUACUCAUCUCACAGAUGCUCAAGAAUGGGCAGGUGGGGGCUCAAUGGUUGGCGCUAUCAGUGGAUCUACUCAACGUGAGCCAUUAGUUGUUGGAAAACCCUCAACGUUUAUGAUGGAUUACUUGGCAAACAAAUUUGGCAUUUCGAAGUCACAGAUAUGUAUGGUUGGGGACAGAUUAGACACUGAUAUCUUGUUUGGACAAAAUGGUGGUUGCAAAACUCUUCUUGUGCUCUCAGGCGUCACCACACUGGCCAUGCUUCAGAGCCCUAACAACUCCAUACAGCCGGACUUCUAUACCAACAAAAUUUCAGAUUUUCUUUCCCUGAAAGCUGCAGCUGUAUGACUAUAAUAUUUAUACAGUAUCCCCAAAUGGUGGUGGGAAAAGUCAUGUAUUUAAGAAGUAAAUUGAAUUUUGUUCAUUCCUUAUUUAUUUUUAUUAAUCAAUACUAGUUCCUAAGAGGACUGAAA